GUGUGUGUGUGUGCGUGUGUGUGUAUGUGCGAGAGUGUGUGCUAUGCCUGCAGUUUGCCAGACAUCAGCAGCAGGUUGAGAACAAACACGCAGAGAAGGGAAGAGAGAGAAGGAGAGAAAGAGAAAGAGAACACACAAUACGACUAACAGAACUUUAUGCAAACCUCCGUCUACCUACAAGUCAGUGGAGCGAUGUUGCCAGCUGCCAGGUCCUUGCUGUUAUGUGCUUUGUGUCAUGGGUUGGCCGUGUGGGCAUUUGCACGCAUGCCCGAUGCGGUGGAGCUGCGAUCAGCAUUUUCUGUUGCUCGCACUACCAGUAUGGAGGGCGGGCCAAAGAUGGUCGUCACCUUUGACAAGAUCUAUGUCAAUAUCGGCGGUGACUUUGAACCAAAAACAGGAUUAUUUCGCUGCCGGAUCCCUGGAGCAUACUAUUUCUCCUUCACCGUGGGGAAGUUCCCACACCGGGACUUGUCUGUGAUGCUGAUGAAGAACCGGAAUGAGGUACAGGCAAUCAUAUAUGAUGACAACGGAGGUGAGGAACGUAAGGUCCAGAGUCAAAGUGCCAUGCUGCAGCUCGACUUCGGUGACACCGUCUGGCUACGUCUCCAUGGUGAUCCACGCUAUGCAAUCUAUAGCAACACAGGGCACUACACAACUUUCAGUGGAUACAUGAUUUACCCAGAUAUAUAUACAUUCCAAGAACACAAAGAACAGAUCAGUAACGAACAAGCAACAAUAUUCGCCCACCAUACAACACAGCAAGUGGACACAGAGGGGACUGUGAGCGAAGUAAAGAAAGAAGAAGAGAUCUAUGAAGAGAGGAGGGAUGUUGAGGAGGAGGAGGACCAGAGGUGUGCUUUCUCAGUUGGACGAACCCAGAGCAUUCUCGGCAUAGAUAAAGGUUAUCCUGAACACAAGCCAAUAACAUUCGACACUGAAUUUGUCAACAUUGGCAAUGACUUUAAUGUGAGUUCAGGUGUAUUCAUAUGCCGUGUACCCGGGGCCUACUACUUUUCAUUUAAUGCUGGUAAGCUGCCGCACAAGACCCUUUCUGUGAAGCUGAUGAAGAAUCACUUGGAGGUCCAGGCUAUGAUAUAUGAUGACAGUGAUACUGAGAAGGCCUUGCAGAGUCAAAGCCUGAUGCUGCAACUGCAAAAGGGAGAUACAGUGUGGCUCUACAGUCACCAAAGGGAAGGGUUUGGUGCAUACAGUAAUCAUGCGAAGUACAUCACCUUUACUGGAUUUCUGGUGUACCCAGAAGUCCCCCGAAGCCACCUUCAGCAGCAAAAGCAGGGAAGAGGUGUUUAAGUAGAACCAAGGCACAGAUCUCUCUGUCUCUAUCUGUGAUCAGAGGUCAGACUGACAAUGGGUUUGUCUGCAUGUGGACUGCAUCCAAAUACAUUAUUUCACUCUGUCAGCUCUUGUGAACUCAUGCAGGGAAACUUAAAGUUGUGAUCUUUCAGUCCUUUUCUGUGACUCUGAAUGUUUGCAGUUUCUCCUGAUGUGUCAUUCUUGUGGAGAAUCUAUGUUCUAAGCACAAAUGCUUAAUUAAAAAUAUUACAAAAUAUGUAUUACAGAUAUUGUGAGCAAAAAGUUGUUACAUGUAGUGUCACUGAUCCCCAAAGAGAUCUAUGCACUGAAAAUGCCUUGUCUCAGUAUUGUCUGCUGAGCAAAAAUUUUUACAACUAGUGGCACUUCAUUCAGUGUUCAUAGCUGAUAGAAAAACAUGGAAACAAAUGACCAGUGUAGAGCCCUGGGGCUGUGUUCACAAAAAAGCUAAGAGAAACUUACAACAGAUAUAAAAACAGGUUAAAAGUAAAAAAAAUAAAAAAUAAUAAUAAAUAACUCACAAAUGGAGUUUAAAAAAAAUCUGAAGUCUGGGAGAAAAGUUCCAUUUAUCUAUUCUAUCUAAAGCUCCACCUUAUUCAUUCUAGUUAACAGUGACGUCACAUCUUCAUUAUUUCUUACUGAUAACAGUGUUUUUGUAGCAGAAGCUAUCCAGAGGUUUUGCCUAAAUUCUUAGACAUCACCACCUCCCUUUCCUCUAAUCACUAAACUUUCCAUUUAGUUGAAGUUGUUCAAUCAAUCAAUCAAUCAAUCAAUCAAUCUUCAGUAAUUGUUUUAUCUUGGUCUUGGUGAAUCCUUAGCGUAGCCUAUUGCAUGAACACCAUGCCUGAAGGAGAAAAACACAUUGAAUGUUAGACCAGUCCACUGACACCAUAAACUCACUGAUGCCUAGGGACAAUUUAGCAUUGUUAAUGUGUACAUGUGUUAGGGAGGUGGUAGAAAUCCAGAAAAUCCAGAAGAACCCAAAACAGGUAGAACAUUCACAGAAUCUUCACCUUGCACCCAAACUCAGUAAUACAAAAUCGGAAUUGAACCAGGGACACUGGAGAGCUGAUGCUACAAUGCUACCUGCUUCACCGCUGUGCUUGUGUUUGUUUAUUGUUGAUGUGACGAGCAAAUUGUAUUGCAUUUCAGGUCUCGGUUCUCCAUACAGCCUUCUGCUGUAAAUGUUCAACAUGAAUAUGUCAAGAAUUGUUUUUUUAGUGUCAUUUUUUUGUGAUCACAGCCCCAAGUCCAAUUAAAGACGUUAGUAGAAAUAUUCAUCAACAAGGCAAAAGUAUGAGAAAAAUGGGAAAAUUGCAUGCAGCUUUAGUUCACUCAUGAAAAAUAUUGUUCACAGUCCUUGUUUUGCAUGUGGAGUAUUUACUUCUAUGACACACUCCUUUGGAGUCUUGCUGGUGUUUCCCUUGCACAUAGUGUGUACACAUUUUUGAUCCACUUAAAAAGUGAAAGUUCUAGGUGUUAUUGCUGGGAUCACCAACUUGCUGUGAACAUCGUAUACAUUCUGCUAGUAAUAAUCUGCCCAACAAUAUGUUCCUAAUCACUUUUAAAAAUGAGAAUCUCUUUUGAAACCAUAUUUCACAAGUUUUGCUUGACCUACUAGUGCAUGCUACUAUUGAGAAGUUACUUAAUAUAAUUGAAGAGCACACAUACCACAUGUCCACAAGUCCACACAGGGAUCUACUUAAGUUCUACUUGAUUUCUAUCCAUUUACAUUUUCGUGAAUUUUCACAUUUUUAUUAACUUGACUGUUGUCAUAGUGAUUCACGGUGUAAUAUGCGACCAUUAAAAGCAAAUGUUGUGAUAUACUGAGAUUUACCUUAAAUCUAUAGUCUUUGACUAGCCAGUUUUGUUUGUGAGAUCUGAGUUGAGGCUCAGAGAGAUGUAUCUCUUUUCCAGUGUUCUGUGGAUGUUUUUGUGAUCGAUACCAAAGUGAAUAAAAAAACUGCCUGUAAACAA